AUGAGUCCAAACGACAUCGCAAAAGCCUUCCGCGCUCUCCACCAACCAGGCAACCCCGUCCUCUUAACGAACGUCUACGACGCCGCAACAGCCUCCAUCAUCGCCUCACUACCAACCGCCCCAGCCAUCGCCACAGCCUCAUUCGCCAUCGCCGCCUCGAUCGGCAUAGACGACAACGCGCUCACCAAAUCACAGAACCUGUCCGCCAUAGCCGCCAUCGCAUCCGCCAUUCGCGCCGUCAACCCACUGAAACCACUAACCGUCGAUCUGCAAGACGGAUACGGUGAUACGGCCGAGCUGGCCGAUACCGUGCGCCAAGUCAUUGCGCUCGGUGCGGUGGGUUGCAAUAUUGAAGAUGCGGAUGCGAUGGGCGAGCUACGGUCGCUGGAUGAGGCGGUUGAGCGCGUGAGGACGGUGGUGCGGACGGCGGCGGAGGCGGGCGUGCCUGAUUUUGUGGUCAAUGCUCGGACGGAUGUGUUGGCGGGCGGGACGGUCGAUCAGGCCAUUGACCGCGGGAAGGCAUUCUUGGGGGCUGGGGCUUGGACGGUGUUUGUGUGGGGGCCUGGUGGAAGGGGAGUUUCGAGGGAGGAGGUGGUGAGCUUGGUGGCUGCGCUGGAUGGGCGGGUGAAUGUGAAGAUGAAUCUGAGCGAGGGAUUUCUGGGGGUGAAGGAGAUUAGGCAAUUGGGGGUUGCGAGGAUUAGUGUUGGGCCUGAGAUGUGGAAAUUUGCUAUGAAGGCGUUUACUGAGAAGGCUGAGAGCUUGUUGGCUGAGGGUAUUUAA